UCUCCAGCUAGCUGUUGUUCACGUAUUUGAGUAAUUCUUGUCCUUUCAUCGCGAGAAACAAUCUCUCCUUGUCGCAGGCAUCUAAACAGGAAGUGGAAGACGCACCAGUUUUCCAAACGACCCGGAAGUGUUAUUUGACCUGCGACUGCGCAGUUGUUAUGCGGCUGAAAGACAUGUGUUAUGUAGUGAAGAUAUCGAAUGAAGUUUUUUUGUUAGCCUGAAAAGCACAUGCACCGUGUCGCAGUAAUCUAGUGCUGAGUGUGAAAGUAACAUCAGUGUGUGGUAUAAGUCAGUUAAAAUGUCAGACUGUCGUUCGAUUGAGAAGGUAGGACAAAUUCUCUGCGACAGAGGACGGCCAUUGACCGACAGAUUCCGGGCACUAUUCACCUUACGCAAUUUGGGUGGGAAACAUGCGAUCGACAGUAUAGUGAGAUGUUUAGAUGACCCGUCAGCAUUGUUAAAACAUGAAUUGGCCUAUUGCAUGGGGCAGAUGCAAGACCCGUAUGCUAUACCAUACCUGGUGAAUGUGUUGAAAGAUACGAAUCAAGAACCGAUGGUUAGACACGAAGCAGGAGAAGCGCUUGGGGCAAUUGGCUCACCUGCAGCUGUUGACAUUCUUAAGGAAUAUGCUUCUGAUCCAGUAGUAGAGGUUGCAGAAACAUGUGAACUGGCGCUUAAAAGAAUAGAAUGGCUUCAUAGUAAUGAUAAGAGUAAUCUAACAGACAAUCCGUUCACAUCUGUGGAUCCAGCUCCUCCAUCAACGGAAAAUAAUAUAGAAACAUUGAGAACAAUCUUACUUGAUGAAAACUUACCGUUGUUUGAACGGUAUAGAGCUAUGUUUUCUUUGAGAAAUAAUGGAUGUAAGGAAUCGGUGCUUGCUUUGUCUGAAGGUUUGAAAUGUGGCAGUGCAUUAUUUCGACAUGAGAUUGCAUACGUGCUUGGACAAAUGCAGCACGAGGCUGCUGCUGAACAAUUAAUUAUAUCAUUAAGGAAACCAGAAGAGAAUGCGAUGGUUCGACAUGAAUGUGCCGAAGCACUUGGAUCAAUAGCCAAAGAUGAAUGCAUGAAGAUACUGAAAGAUUACUCUAAAGAUGAAGAAAGGGUUGUGAGGGAAAGUUGUGAGGUCGCUUUAGAUAUGUAUGAAUAUGAAAAAAGUAACCAAUUUCAAUAUGCAGAUGCACUUAGUAAAGUGGCUGAAGAUCAGAUUAAAUAAAAUACUAUUUU